CUUUUUGAUAUAGGAACUGUGGGAAUUUCGUUGCGACGGACGCUUUAUUAUGAUUUUGUGUAUUUAACGAUAAUCGUUUCAUUCAUUCGUUCGCGGCACCGCAAAUAAACUUGAUUGUUGAUUAUAAGAGGUGUUUUGGCAAAGUGAACCGUGAAUUGAUCAAAUAACAACCAUGGAUAAUUACAAGUCAAAUGGAACAAGUAUGGCUGAAUUCGACGACGCGGAAUUGGAAGAAUUAUACAACUGGGUGGACAGUAUACCACUCAGCAGGCCAAAGAAAAACAUAGCUAGAGAUUUUUCUGAUGGAGUGUUGGUAGCUGAGAUUGUCCAACAUUUCAAACCACAGUUGAUUCAAAUGCACAACUAUACUCCAGCCAGUGGGCUAAGUAUUAAGAAGGAUAACUGGAUGGUUCUCAACAGAAAAGUGCUGAGCAAGCUGAAUUUUAGCCUCUCUGAUGAGGUGAUUCGUGAGGUGAUCGCCGCCAAGCCCGGCGUGAUCGAGAAGGUUCUUCUGAUGCUGCGUCUGAAGCUAGAGCGGGCUGAAUGGGAGCUGACCAAACAACCCCAGCACGUCAAACACAAAGGGAAAGGGGGGCGCCGCACCGAGAGUGACAAACCCGAGGCCGAUCAGUACAUGGCAACACCUGGCCGAGGGCAUGCUGGAAAGAUUAAGUCUCACAGUCCCACCAGAGGAGGAUUUCAGGGGAUGUCCCAUUAUUACCCUGGGCUAUAUGAACCAUCCAAGUUUUCUCAAUGGCCAGAUUACUUCCCGGAUCAAUCCAGACAUAAAGGUCCGGGCGCCAGUAAAAUCGAUGGGGACCACGUCUCCAGACUCUUGUUUGAGGAAAAAGUCCAGGAAAGUUUGUCCAAGGAUGAGACGAUAAAGAUCCUACAGGCCAAGAUCAAUCGCAUGGAGCACUUGAUUCAUCUGAAAGAUGUCCGGAUUGAUGAUUUACAGAACAGAGUAGAAACCAUGCGACCCACAGGAAACCUGGUCCGGCGAUAAAGAUCUGUUAAAUUACGAAACAGAAAACCAAACACACACACCCACACAAACUUGUAAAUAUCCAUGUAUUUAAUGCUUCCCAUUUUAUCGACCAUUCAAAGUAAGAUCAACCGUCAAUGUUUGUAUCCAUUUUUAGCCAGAAUGUUGCUAUUUUGGACCCUAUAUAUAUUUAUACCAUGCAUUUAUCUAUUGGAGUGGCUGAAUCACAUUCUGGAUACACUGAAUCUAUUGAAAUAUAUGUCCCCUGUAGACCAGUAUAUCACAUGCACUGCCUGUCAUUGCUAAAUGUUGUUAUUUGAUAAUUAUGCCGAGAACUUUGAUACAAAUUUGUUCUGACUAUACUAUAGUACCCUCUACGUUUCUGAAAUCCCCAUUUGAUUGUAGAAAUACCAAAGACUGUCUGUAGAUGUACGUAUAUUUGUAUUGUCUUAAUUUAAUAUCACUACUGGUUCCAGGGAACGAUUCAUGUACUAUUUAUAUGUAUAUUACAUAGCUGUACCUUAUUUAUUUAUAUCACUUCAUACUGUACAAGGUAUUAUAUAUUUUAUUGUUCAUGAGAAAAUAAAUAUUGUAAAAGGAAGAA